UGGGGUGGGAUCGCCAGAGACGAAGCAGCGAUGGGUUGUUGCAUACCAGCAGCCAGUCGAUUGGUUUUCACGUGCUCAAUAAUUCCCAAGGAACAAAGACGGGGAUCUUGUCAAUUAACGGUACUACCGUACUCGGUAGUGUUAUCAAACAAUGAAACUACCUUUUCAAGAUCACUCUCUGGAUUCGAAGACCAAAAGUAUAAAGUGUGCCCCGAUAGUCGCGUUGCCAGGGAGACUUGCGGAAGGGCCGCGAUAGAAGCACAAGACCCCGCCCCUGGCCAGCCCUGCCAAAGCCCUGAGCCACUCCGCUGAACUUGUCCAACUAGUCGCCUUAGCUGGAAAAAAAAAGCACCGACCAUCAUUUCUCGACGGUUCCUUUACGGCAGAGUAAUCUUCUCUUCAACCACUACCCGCUAGCCUUGAUCUUCCUAGUCCCCCAGUCCCUCGGCGCAUUUGCAAUUAAGCAAGUGAUCGCCCGCACUAUCAGCCCACGCCAACCAACCCCUCGACAUCCUUGAACCCGGACACUAUCCAACCUCUUCCCCGCCAAUCGGCCCUGGAAUGUCUUCGCCCUGAUUGAAGAUGUUGACGGUCGAGAAGCAGUGGGUUAAUGUGCAGCAGAAGACCUUCACCAAAUGGCUGAAUGAUAAAUUAAAGGCCCGCGCCCUGGCCAUCGAGGACCUGGUGACUGAUCUCUCUGAUGGCGUUAUCCUCAUUCACCUCCUCGAAAUCCUCGGCAACGAGUCCCUCGGUCGAUAUGCCUCGAAGCCCAAGCUGCGGGUGCAGAGAUUCGAAAAUGUCAACAAAAGUCUGGACUUUAUUCGAGGGCGGAGGAUUCAGAUGACCAAUAUCGGCGCGGAGGAUAUUGUCGACGGCAACCGCAAGAUCAUCCUGGGUCUGAUCUGGACUCUGAUUCUGCGUUUUACGAUCAGCGACAUCAACGAGGAGGGUAUGACCGCCAAGGAAGGUCUGCUACUGUGGUGUCAACGGAAGACGGCUUGCUACGAGGAUGUGGAGGUUAGGGACUUCUCGUCCAGCUGGAACGAUGGUUUGGCGUUCUGUGCGCUGCUAGAUAUUCAUCGCCCCGAUCUGAUCGACUACGACUCUCUGGACAAGAACGACCAUCGUGGGAACAUGAAACUCGCGUUCGAGAUUGCCUCUAACGAGAUUGGCAUUCCGGAUCUGCUCGAUGUGGACGACGUGUGCGACGUACCUCGACCUGACGAGCGGUCUCUGAUGACCUAUAUUGCCUACUGGUUCCAUGCUUUUUCCCAACUGGAGCGAGUGGAGAACGCUGGACGCCGAGUGGAGAAGUUUGUCAACAACAUGCACGGUGCAUGGGAUAUGCAGUCUGGCUAUGAGCGCCGGAUGCGAGAACUGUUGCGACUGAUUCGAUCUCAACGGGAUUCAUGGCAGAAUUCCUCAUUUGAAGGAACGUAUAAGGAUGUGAAAGAACAGGCUCAUCAGUUUGCGCUAUACAAGCGAAAUGAAAAGCGGCAGUGGGUGGCCGAGAAGUCCGAUCUCGCGGCCUUGCUCGGCAACAUCAAAACGAAGCUGGGCACGUACCGUCUACGCUCGUACGAGCCACCAAAGGAACUGAGCCUGGAGACCUGUGAUCUGGAGUGGGAGCUCUUGACCAAGGACGAGCACCAGCGCAGCCAGCUGAUCAACGAAACCAUUCGAGACAUCAAGAAUGCCCUUCGCAGGUCAUUCGCCGACAAGGCAAAUGACUUUGCAUCGACGCUAAAAACCUUGUCAUUGGCCAUUUCGGGACUCGAUGGUGAUGUCGAAGACCAGCUGGAUCAUGUCAAGAAGCUGAAUGGUAACCUCCCACCCCUUGAUGCCUUCCUAGACACCAUUGCCGAGCUUGAUGAGCAGUGCGCCGAAGCCAACAUUGAAGAAAACGACUUCACCACAUAUACCCUUGACGAGCUCUCAUAUGAACUCAGUCUCGUGAAGUCCAGCAUCUCGAAGAAGCUGGCAUUCUUGGAGAAUCAGAUGGUCGCUCGCAACAUGACCAACCUCACUCCGAUACAGUUGGAAGAGUUCGAGUCCGUCUUCCGCCACUUCGACCGCGACUCGUCCAAUACAUUGCACGAGCUUGAGUUUUCCGCCGCGCUGGCCAGUUUGGGAUUGGUCUAUGACGAGGAGGAGAUGCACCAGGUCUACGUGGAAGUCUGUGGGCCCGAUCGACUCGCUCAAAAUGCCGGUGUCAGCUUCGAGCAGUUCAUUCGGUUCAUGGUCAGUGUGACCGAGGAUCAGAAUACGGCUGAGCAGGUAUUCCAGAGUUUCAAGGAGGUUGCUGAUGGCAAGCCAUAUGUUACCGAGCUCGACCUCCGACAUUCGCUCAUUCCAGACGAAGUCAUCGAACAUCUGGUCAAGACAAUGCCUCAACAUGAAGGUCCGGACCUUCUCGAGGACCGGGAUUUGGCCAAGUUCGACUACAUCAGCUUCAUGGAAAAGAUGAUCGAGGACCAGAAGAGUAAUAGCGGAGGAAGGCAGUGAACGCAUCUCGAUAGGAAGGCAAUAGGUUUUAGUGGUUCUAUGCACAGCGUCGCCGGUCAUACUGGGGUUGUACUGCUUUGAUUAGGUGCGUGGGCCCUUUUUCUGGUGUGGGGUGGUGUUCUCAUUCAGUCUUUUUUUUUUCUUUUCUUGCCUCUUUUUCUCUCUAUCACAGCAUGCAUCGUGGGGUUUGGUGAUUGCCUCUCUUUUCUUUCUUGUGUGUAUUCUGCUUGUGAGUCUGGUUUGUGAUGUAUCAGGAUACCAUGGAAUGACCUUGAAACAAUUAAGGAUGGCGAGUGCAGAGGUUAAUAUCAGUACGGAGUAGUUGUAGAACUGACCACCUGGAGACAAUGACGUUGUAAAAACAGUUCUCCUUGAUUUGGUGUGUAUGUUUCAAUUCAUACGGCUAGCUACU